CGUCCCUGAUGUCACAAUUCAGAGGCUGCUGCCUGCCUGGGAGGUUGUAGAAAGCUCUGCAGGUUUUCUUUGUGUGUUCUACAGGGCGCCCAGAGCUAGGUCCCUGUUUAAUGGCAGUUAUGAAAAAAUUCCUCCUCCCCAUCCUGGUGCUCUUCCUGGCCUACUACUAUUCUACAAAUGAAGAGUUCAGAGCAGAAAUGCUCCAGGGGAAGAAAGUGAUUGUCACUGGGGCCAGCAAAGGUAUUGGAAGAGAAAUGGCAUAUCAUCUGUCAAAAAUGGGAGCCCAUGUGGUAUUGACUGCAAGGUCAGAGGAAAGUCUCCAGAAGGUAGUGUCUCGCUGUCUUGAACUCGGAGCAGCCUCUGCCCACUACAUUGCUGGCACUAUGGAAGACAUGACAUUUGCGGAGCAAUUUGUUGUCAAGGCAGGAAAGCUCAUGGGUGGACUGGACAUGCUCAUUCUCAACCACAUCACUCAGACCUCUUUGUCUCUCUUCCAUGAUGAUGUCCACUCUGUGCGAAGAGUCAUGGAGGUCAACUUCCUCAGCUACGUGGUCAUGAGCACAGCUGCCUUGCCCAUGCUGAAGCAGAGCAAUGGCAGCAUUGCCGUCGUCUCCUCCUUGGCUGGGAAAAUGACUCAGCCUCUGAUUGCUUCCUACUCUGCAAGCAAGUUUGCUCUGGAUGGGUUCUUUUCCACCAUUAGAAAAGAGUACCUCGUAACCAAAGUCAACGUGUCCAUCACUCUCUGUGUCCUCGGCCUCAUAGACACAGAAACAGCUUUGAAGGAGGUCUCUGGGAUAAUUAAUGCCCAAGCUUCUCCCAAAGAGGAUUGUGCCCUGGAGAUCAUCAAAGGCACAGCUCUACGCAAAGAUGAGGUGUACUAUGACAGAUCGUCUUUGACUCCAAUCUUGCUUGGGAACCCAGGAAGGAAGAUCAUGGAAUUCUUUUCAUUACGGUAUUAUAAUAAGGACAUAUUUGUAAGCAACUAGGAACUCCUGAGGCCUGGUGAGGGGUCUUGGAACUGUCCUGCCUGAUACUUCUGUGAGCCCUACCCACAAAAGCAUCUUUCCAGAGAUAUACAAAUUUUGGGAUACACCUCAUCAUGAGAAAUUCUUGCAACACUUGCACAGUGAAAAUGUAAUUGUAAUAAAUGUCACAAACCACUUUGGAGCCUGCAGUUGUGAACUUGAUUGUAACUAUGGAUAUAAACACAUAGUGGUUGUAUCAGCUUUACCUCACACUGAAUGAAAAAAUGAUGCCUAAUGUAACAUUAAGUAUAAUAAAGGUAAUAUCAACUUUGUAAAUGCAAAA